AUGCAUCAAACAAGGUUUGUAAGCAAAAUAAGCAUUUUAAUACAAGGAAAGGCAAGAAAAUCAGGACAUCUAAGUGUGAGAUAUCAUUCAAAAAUGGCUAAAAAGGGCAGUUAUUACGCCGUACAAAACGGUAGAAAUGAAGGUGUUUAUGACAACUGGAAUGACUGUUCAUCAAGUGUGAACGGCUACAGCGGCGCUGUGUAUAAACGUUUCGAUACUUAUUCAGAAGCCCAGGCUUUUUCGCAAGGUUCUGGUGGAUAUUCAAAUUCUUCUGGCUCUUCUAGCUCUUCUAGUGCUUCCAGAUCAUCAGCAUAUUCUUCUAAUUCGAGUAAGAGCUAUCCCUCCUCUUCAUCUUCCUAUUCGGGAUAUUCUUCAUAUUCAAGAUCACAUGCGCCAAAAAGUUCUAAUUAUAAGAAAGGUUCGUCUAGCUAUAGCUAUGCUUCCUCUAACAGUUAUCGUGAUGGCAAUGGAUAUAGUGGGUCAUAUUAUUCUCUAAAGCAAUCAUCAGGUAUUACUAAGAAAGGAUCAUGGAGGAACUCAUCUUCUGCGGGCUCCACUUCGAAGAAUUACUAUUCAGUGAAAAGUUCUAAUCCUAAUAUUGAAAGUAAAAUUUUCCAAAAUUGGGAGGACUGUAAAAGUUAUGUUCAUCGUCAGAAGGGUCUUACAUUUAAGAAGUUUGACAAUCAACAGAGUGCUCAAAAUUAUGUAAAAGGUAUUACAGAUUCUUCAAUUGAUUAUAAGCACAUUGGUAUUCCACAAGAUGAAUUCUAUUCCAAACACAAAAUAUCUUCGACGUCCAAUGCGUCAUCUACUGGUUCCAAAUAUUACAAAACUUGCGACGUUUACUGUGAUGGUUCAGCUUUAUCAAAUGGUACCUCUACGUCUCGCGCUGGUUAUGGUGUUCAUUUUACAGACGAGCCACAGAACGAUAUUUCUGAAAGAUUGACAAAUGGUGCCCAAACUAAUAAUAGAGCAGAAUUACAAGCUGUAUCUUCUGCGCUGGAUGUUAUUUGGGAUAACCUAACUUCGAAAGACAAACAAGUUAAUUAUCAAAUUAAAACAGAUUCGGAAUAUGUGGCAAAUUUAUUAAACGAUAGAUAUCAAACUUAUGAUGAUAAAAAAUUGAGUGAAUUGCCAAAUUCAGAUAUUGCUCUACCUUUAAUUCAGAAGCAUGCUAAGGUUAAGCAAUAUUAUGAAGUUAACAAGGAUAAAUUUCAAAAUAACGGGAAUUUCAAAAUCCAAUGGGUUAAAGGUCAUGCUGGUGAAGCUGGUAACGAAAGAGCAGAUUUAUUGGCAAGAGAAGGUGCUGCUAAGCAUUAA